AUGUAAGUGUAAUUGUUGGUGUAAACAACAGACUGUAAGAUUGAUCCAAGAUAAUACAAACAAUAUCGUGAAACUAUUUGCAAUUUCUUAAAUUCAUAACUUCUUUAACAAAAACAAACUAAUCUCAUGAGCAACAUAAAGAAACUAUAAAAAGUUAUUGUUAAUUAAUAAGAUAGUGAUGGAUAUACACCUAUGCAUUUGGCCUCUUUUGCAGGGGACUUUGCAGCAAUUCAAUUUAUGUUGUAAUUGGGAGCAAACCCAAAAAUUAAAUGCAAACAAAAAAAUAAGAACUCCUUUGGAAUAUGCAUCAAAUGA